CAAUGGCUUCCACUGCUCUCUCCAGCGCCACCGUAAGCACAUCCUUCCUCCGCCGUCAGCAAACACCAACCAGCCUCAGAUCUCUCCCUACAGCCAACACACAAUCCCUCUUCGGCCUAAAAUCAUCUACCUCUCGCGGUGGCCGCGUCACAGCCAUGGCUACCUACAAGGUGAAGUUCAUCACACCAGAUGGAGAGAAGGAAGUGAAGUGCGACAGUGACACGUACGUCCUCGACGCAGCAGAGGAGUCCGGAAUGGAUUUGCCCUACUCAUGCCGUGCGGGAGCUUGCUCGAGCUGCGCGGGGAAAAUAGUCUCUGGCUCCGUUGACCAGUCUGACCAGAGCUUCUUAGACGAUGACCAGAUCAGCGAAGGGUUUGUUCUCACUUGCAUCGCUCGUCCAACUUCUGAUGUCGUUAUUGAAACUCACAAAGAAGACGCCAUGAUUUAAAUUACUCAAAAUACUCACUUCUAUUUCAAUUGAAUCAUCACGUUAGAUAAUAAUGUAUAAUAAGACUGAUCAUGUCAUCCUUUUUCGAUAAUCUGUUUCAGUGUUACAGUAUUUUACGUGGAUGUCAAGUAAUUACAACUUAAGCAAAGCUUCAAUAAGAGAUAAAGAAACGGGACGAACCAAGUCCUCCUAAACAACUCAAACAGUGUUCCUCCACCAUCACCAUUAUGUUUCUUCACUCCCACUUGCUCUCUCCUUCCCUUUUAAAU